AUGGCUACCCUCAAUCAAGAACAGAUCCAAGUCCUGGAACAGUCCCGCCAACGACUAGCCCAACUAAACAACUCACUGAACUCUCUAAUUGCAAGUCUAAACGAAAGUUUCACCACCGACGAUAUCCUCCCAUCAUGGUCCUCCCUCCAAACCCAAGCAAGCAUCAUCUCCAACAACCUCGUCAGUGUCUCUGAACAACUCUCCGAAAACAGCGACCUCUUCACCAACCUAGUCGCCUACCCAGGCCCAGAAUACCCAGCCCGCACCGAAGCCAACGCCAACAUUCUCGAACAACUUCUCCGCACAAAACUCGACCCCCGCGUCGAAGACUGGCUAGCUAGUGGCCGAGAAGGAGGGACUGAAGAGCCUGCCUCAGAUGACCUAAGCGACGACCAGCUCGCGCAGUUAUGGAAGUGGGCGCCGCUGGAAGCGAAUCUGGAGGCGAGGCGGAGGAACUGGGGAGGCAACUUUACGCUUGAGGAGCGGGAGAAUGGGAUUGAGAAUGUUGUUACAGGAUUGAAGAGACAGCUUGAGGAUGAGGAGGGGAGUAUUGAGGGGAGUGAGGAUGAGGAGAAUGAAGAGGAGAUGGAUGUUGUGGGUGUUCAUCGUAAACCUGGUGCUGCUGGGUUGGAGUUUGAUAUUGCGACUCAUCGUCCGCACCCUGUGCAUCCUUUCUUAGCCUUCGAAGAGGUUAUGCGCCAUAUGUGUACUGCGCACAAGUGGUAG